GGUGACGAGAAAUGCGUUGUAAUAACCUCAACAACCCAAGACGAAUUGAAUAACCCUGCAACAGAACCAGAGAUAUCGAAAAAUAUUCGACGGGAAAAAAAACAAGAGCAGGGAAACGUCGCGCAAGACGGUCCGAUAAUCCCCAAAUUCGCAAAGAUUUUUUUUGAAAAGGCAGGCGAUCGAAACCUCCACCCUCGUAGCUCAGGAACCCACGUUCAAUUCCCUCCCCGUCUUCCUGCACCCAGUGAUUGA